AAACAUAACGCACUUACAGAUGCAUGAGGAACAUGACGAUACUCUCGAUCCCUGUGUCGACGGGGUCGCGAACAAUGCGGGGGAACGAAGGACGAUUGAUGAAGGUCAUGAAGACGAAGCACCGCCUGAAGCGUCGCAGUUUGAAGCGACGACGGUACAACUAGUUGACGGGAAUCCGAUCCCAGUCACAUCCCACCGGCCACGCAACGGACGUCCAUGCCAUCCCGUGUGGAAGCACUUUGUCCGUGGAGAGAAGCGCAAUCGCUUUCACUACCGCGCGUACUGUCGAUUUUGCGUGGAUGCCGUCACCGCGCUUCAUCGCAGCAACGGAGGCACAAUUGACGAUCCAUUAGAACUUGUGACGCCUACUCGUGGGGUGCCUGCCGACAUGCUCAAGCACUUACAUCAGUGUCCGCAGUGUCCGUCCGUAGUACUGGAGCACUUGCAUCGCAACAAGAAACGCACAAGUCCUGCAUCCGCAUCGAAGCGUCUUCCGACUUCGUCCUCCACGAAGAAUUUGGUCCAUCCUAAACCUCCUCGACCUAUGCCACCCGACGCCGAGCAACUCGCCUUAGAGGAAACAUCACGACGGCAAUACGUUGCUAUGUGGAAGGCGACCGUCUCGGCUGGCCUGGACCUUCGGUGGACACAGUCCGUGUCGGCCAUGGCUUCAUUGACGCUGCCACCCCUGCACCUCAAGGACAUGGUGGGAGUGGCGCGCGAUUUGGCACGAACCCAACUGGUGAAGGUGAAAGAAGGCAUGCUCAACUCGACAAUCAAGGGUGGCCUCACACUGAGCUUGAACACAUGGGCCACUCGGCGGCAGCAGCACAUGAUAGCGUUUUCGCUGCUGAAGUCUGACGGAGAGGCAUGUGCGGUGUCGGUGGUCGAAACUGCAUGGACGCGAGAUGCCAUCGAGCAUCACAUUCGAUCGGUCUUGAAGGCAUUGCAUGCGGAUGACGUGUGUAUCGUCGGGAUCGUGGCGGAGGGAAUGCUGGCGCUGAAAGCAGCGGAACACGUGCGAGCGACAAGUCACCCGGAGCUGCUGGUCGUGCCGUGUGUCGCCCAACUGUUGUCGACAAUUGCCGGGUCGAUCUUGACGUCGACUUCAGAUGUCAUCGCGACGGUGGGUUGUGCCAUCGAAUUGCUCGCGUGGUGUCGACAACCUCCACCACACGUUGCUCAGUUGCUCCCGUCCUUUCAGAGCAACGGGGAGCCGCUGCCAAAUCGACAAAAUGCAGGGUCGUUUUACACUUGUUUAAAGGCGAGUCUUGCCCUCAAGCCAGGUUUCAUCCGAGCGGAUACGAGAGCGACGUUGCAGUCGUAUUUACCACCGCCAUUGUGGUCUCAAGUGAGUACAUCGGAGUUCUGGAGCAACGUCCUGCGCGUUGCUGAAGCGUUGGAGCCGCUAGCAGAUGCCAUCAAGUUGUUGCGACACCCGACGGCCUCACGAACGCUGUCCCAUGUCACGUACGCAUUUGCUCGCAUAUUCCAAGCAUACGCUGCGUCCAUGUCGACCGAGUUGCUCUGCAACGAAACGUGCUCUACCCUGACGUUGCUCGAUCGAAUGUGGACGUUGUACGAGCAACCUGCGAUGGUCCUCGCGACCUAUUUUGACUUUCACUUGAACUCGACGUGGCUUGCGACCACGGACGCCGACGUCGCCGCCGCGUUUGCCGCAUACUCGACCCGGUGGUUCCAUCAACCCGUCGCAGUGUCUCGCAUCCAAGACAUCCUCCACGCUGUCCGAUCCAAGACGUUCCCAUUUGACUGCACCCCCGACUACCACGACGUGAGCUCGUUUUACUCUUUCGUGGCCAACUCACACCCGGAACUGUGCGCGCUGUGUUGCCGUCUCUAUGCCAUCUCGAUCGUGUCAGCACCAGUGCAUGCGGUUCUUCGAGGCAUUGGAUUCGACUUAUCGCAUACUGCAACGAUGCACGACGCCAACAUGGUGCUACCCCUGUUGCAAAUUGGGCUCACGACUGCUAUGUCGGGAGGAGGGAAGGGCCGAGCGUGCGAUGGCUUCGUCCAACCUGAUGUUCGAAGAUGGCUGGACGCCAACGAGAACCAAAGUCAGCUCCUGUACUCUGAAUCUGAGUGGAGGCUUGUAGCGACGCAGUGGCAAGCUCACAUUCGCGCCGAGGUUGGUGAUCUGCCUCCUAUCAACUGUCGCACGAAACAGCAGGGCCUGCAACACCUCUUCGCUCCCAACCUACCACGCGUAUCUUUUGACUGUUAAUUUAUGUGCUUGUCACUGAGUUCC